GGGACAGAGCUCCACCCUUCAACUGUCUCACCUGAGACAAACCAGGAACCAGUUUGUUUUUGGUCCUCGCUACAGAGAGACACACAGACGGAAAACAGACGAUCAGAUUCACCUUCAGAUCAAACUAACAACUUCCUCUGAGUGAGUUCAGCUGCAGGAGAGAAAAGUGGAGAACUACAACCCUGCUGCUUCAACCUGCUGAUUCUCCACACUCUGAAGCUUCACUCAGAGACCAAAUGGCUUCCAGAUCAGAGGAGGAUCUCUGCUGUCCGGUCUGUCACGAUGUCUUUAGGGAUCCUGUUCUUCUGUCAUGUAGCCACAGCUUCUGUAAAGACUGUCUGCAGAGCUGGUGGACAGAGAGACCAACACAGGAGUGUCCAGUUUGUAAGAGAAUAUCUUUGUAUGAACCACCUUGUAACCUGGUGUUGAAGAACCUGUGUGAGGCCUUCUUACUGGAGAGAGAUCAGAGAUCAACAAUCCGACCAAUCAAGCGCCUCCUCUCUGACACCCAGUCAGGCUACAAAGCCACUUCCUCUGGCUCGAGCCUUGAAGAAUUCAACAGAAUGCAGGAGAUGAAGAGCUUCAACAUCUGGACCAAGAUGAAGGACAUGGUCUCCUACACGCCUGUGAUUCUGGACCCAAACACUGCUCAUCCAAACCUCAUCCUGUCUGAAGACCUGACCAGUGUGAGACAAGGAGAGAGACAGCAGCUUCCUGAUAACCCAGAGAGGUUUGAUAAAUACCCCUCUGUCCUGGGCUCUGAGGGCUUUAACUCAGGGACUCACAGCUGGGAUGUCGAGGUUGGAGACAGUACAUUCUGGUUUCUGGGUGUGUUAGCAGAGUCUGUCCAGAGGAAGGGAGACAUACUGUCUGGGUUAUGGGUAAUAUGGUUAGAUCAAGGUAAAUACUCAGCAUGGUCACCACUAGAUCCAUCCACUGAUGUCGUAGUGCAGAAGAAGCUCCAGAGGAUCAGAGUGACUCUGGACUGGAACAGAGGAGAGCUGUCGUUCUCUGAUGCUGAUACUAACACACACAUACACACCUUCACACACACUUUCACUGAGAGGGUGUUUCCAUUCAUUAACACUGGGGAUAACGUCCCACUGAAGAUAUCACCAGUGAAGGUGUAACAGUAGAGCAGAGCAGUUAGAGAUAAAGAGGAUGAUUAUAUUCAUGAUGUUUAUUCUUAAAGGAAAAAGUU